AAGCGCCGGGUGAGGGCGGGGCCGGUCCUUUCGGCGCGGUGUCGCAGCCGGUGCCCGUCCCGGCCCACCAUGUACUACAARUUCAGCGGCUUCGCGCAGCGCCUCGUCGGGGUCACGGCGUCCGCCGCCUACACCCCACAGGGACUCAAACCAAUAGUUCCCACUGAACCCCCAGCUCCGAUUUUUGAGACAAGUAAACUUCCUCCAGAUUUGCCAACAGCUGAUUCUAACUUGGUUCUAAACAAGGUGCCAGACCUACAGAAAAUUUUUCAGAGAUCAGAUGGGCUGCCAGUACACCUKAAGCGAGGAGUUCCAGAUAAGAUGCUCUAUCGGACCACGAUGGCUCUGACAAUAGGAGGGACUAUCUACUGUCUGAUAGCACUGUACAUUGCCUCACAACCAAAAAACCAAAAUUAAAUGAACCACACUCCAUGGACUCACAGCACUUCUCUGAAAGACCUCCUGCAUGUACCUCUUUGCACUGGAAUCUAUUCCCUGUGAUCACAUAGGGUUCAGAUGAGAUUUCUAGGAGAAAAAUGUUUUUAAAUCGGUUGCCUUAUAUAUUCUAAAAAACCAAUAUAAACAGAGAAAUACAUGAUUUUAA